GCAGCUAAGCAUGGUGGAAUACGACACAGCCUGCAUCAUCAGCAUCUAUCACCGCUUAGCUAGCCUGCAUCUGCGUGUCUAUAUAUAAGUCCUACAGGCUACAGGGCCAUGAAUGAAAUAUCUCACCGGCUGCAAAGUUGUUAGCUCAGUAGUAGUGCUGCUAAAUUAAAGCUAGCUGAGCUGCACCAGAGUAUCCAUGCAAGAUCAGAGCAGCAGCCAAAAGUUGAGAGCAUUAGCGAAUACGCAGCUUGGUGGUGUUGUCUUCUUUUCUCCUUAUCCAGUUCCACCAGUUCAUUCAUUCGGUCCCGUCGACCGAUCAUGGCGGCCAACUACCACCACUACCAGAUGGCCGUGCACGCCGCGGCGGCGGCGGCAGCGGCGUGGAGGGAGCCGGACAGCCCGCAGCUGAGCUUCAUGAGCGGCUGCAGCUCCCUCUUCUCCAUCUCCACGCUGCAGGACGACGACGACGGCGCCGUCGUCAUCGCCGGCCACGCGCUGCCCUCCACGCCCAUCUCGCUCGCCGGGUUCGCCGGCGACGAGGUCGACAUGGAGGUGCAGCAGAUCAGCGGCGGCAGCGGCGACGACCGGAGGUCCAUCAGGAUGAUGAGGAACAGGGAGUCCGCGCUCCGGUCCAGGGCCAGGAAGAGGGCUUCACGAGAUGUACAAGACUUUAUAGAUGGAAUCCAGUCUCUCAUGGCAUACGUAGAAAAUCUGGAGAAAGAGGUUCGCCGGCUGGUGGAUGAGAACUUGAAGCUCAAGAAGCAGUGCAAAGAGCUUAAACUGGAAGUGGCUGCACUGGUCCUCCCUACCAAGAGCUCGCUGCGAAGAACCUCAUCGACGCAAUUCUGAAGGGACAAAGAAACAUGAACACAUUUUAUUUGCCAGUACAAAAUUAAGAGAAGAUAGAUGGAUCAUCGACGCAAGAGGGUUGAUUGGACUUGUGUGUACAUGUGUUAGUGUGUGUUUGUGUGCCGUAGAGGAGGGGAGAUAGAUGGAUAUGCAAUGAUCUGUACCUUGACGCUAGAUCUCUGCAAAGAUGAACGUCUUUUAAUUUCUUGAGCUGCAAAUGAAGCUGUGUUCGACUGAACAAAUCGUGAUUCCCGGCA